AUGGUUAGCAGUAAUGGUGGGUCAUCUCCAUUUUUGGAGAGUCCUGUCCAUGCCUCUCCCAAGAUGAGCCCACAGACUGAUCGCCAAGUAAUGUCAUUACAAUACAAGUUAAACACUGUACAGAAUGAAUUUGAAAUUGAAAAACUGAGAUUACAACAGCAAUCGAAUUUGUUGGAUAAGAAAUAUAGAAAUGUUGUUGAAGAAUUGGAGAAGGCAUUGGAUGAUACCAAGUAUCUUUAUGAGACUAAUGGAAGAUUGGAACAAGAAUUAUCAGAUUUGAAAAACAGUUCGAACCAAAACGACGAUACUAGAGAUGAGGAAUUACGAAGACUGAGGUCUGAAUUACGUGCUAAAGAUUAUCGAAUUGAUGAGUUGGAAUCAAAUUACCAAUCUAAGCUAUCAAAAUUGGAAAGGAAAUUAGAAAACAACCAAGUGGAAUCUCAGAGUUCACAGACAUUACUCAAAAGGUAUGAAGAGGAGAUCUCAAAACAAUCAGGCCAGAUCAAGAUGUUGCAGAGAGCCAACAGUGAAAAGGACGAUGAAUUGGCUACUUUGAAGGCAUCUAAUGUGGUGACACAACAUCACAAUUAUUCCACAGAGGAUUUACAAGAAUUGACAGUUACAAAUAAGAUGUUGCAAGAUCAAUUGCAAUAUUCGAAGGAAUUAGAAGAGGCCAACAUGCAACAGGCAGGUGAACUGAAAAGGUUGAGGAUGACAAGCGAGUCACAAAAUUUCUGGAAAAGUGAAAAUGAAAAACUGCAAAAUAAGGUAGAACAGCUAAAUCUUUUAGAAAAACAAUUCCAGGAUUCUCAAUUGGAAAACGUUCAACUAAAAUCACAAAUCGCAUCUUGGGGGCUCUAUACGGAUGGGAAACAAAGUCCUGAGGAUAUUGUUCGCGAUUGGACACUAACAAAGAAAGAAUGCAUUGUAUUGAAUGACGAAAAUAAAAAGAUUAGAUUUGAUUUGAUGAAUUUGAAAAAUCUCAAUGAUGAAUUGGCCCAUGAGCGUAAUCAACUAUUAGAGUUAAACAAAAACUAUGAAGCCAAUAUCAUUAAUUUGAAAAAAUUAAACCAUGAAGUGGAGCAACAAAAGCAGUUAUCAUUUGAAGAAUGUAGACUUCUCAGAAUCGAGAUGGAGGAGCUUUCUAAAUUCUCUAAGGACUCCAAUAGAGAUGCAGAUGCGGGCUAUGGAUCACUUGUAGAUAGCUAUAAAAAUCAAACUGAAGAUUUAACUGGUGAGUUGAAGAAAUUGAACGAUCAGUUACUGGCUCGUGAACCUGCGACGAAGAAACGUAAGGCAAGUGAUCAAUUGGGACUCAAUUAUUCUCAAAGACUUAACGAACUACAAUUGGAAAAUGUUAGCCUGUCAAGAGAAUUGAAGAAAUGUCAAGAUACCAUUACGAUUCUCGAAGACAAAAUCAAAAAUCUAACGGAGUUAAAAGAAAAGAAGAUACGUAUCUUACAAUUACGAGAUAAUCCUUUACUCAAGGACCAAUUCGUGAAGAGGAAACAGUUGGAACUUCUCAAGAAGGAGAAUGCAGAUCUUUUACAAUUUGCGCAGGCCAAUAAUAACGGUGACAAAGAAUUGGAGUCGGUCCCCAUAUCAGUUUACGAAUCCAUAAACUUUGAAAUCAAACAACGAGAAGAAGGAUUGUUCAGAGCGAAUAAAAAGUUUGUCAGGCUCAAAGAAGUAUUUAAUAAAAAAUCAUUGGAAUUUAUCGAUGUUGUGAAUUCCUUAUUAGGCUUCAGAUUAGAGUUUCAACAAGAUGGUAAAGUGAAGAUAAUUUCAUGUUUUAAACCGGAAAGAUCAUUGGUGGUAGAUUUAAAUCAAAAUACCUUAAAAUCGAACCUGGAUCGAGAUAUCGAGGAUUGGGAAAGUCUUCUUCAACUUUGGGUGGAUCAAAGAGGCCAGAUACCUUGCUUCUUGGCAACAAUUACCCUCAAAUUGUGGGAAGAAUCAGCGUAA